CUGAGGAUCCUUCAUUCUGAUUUCUCCUCCUGUUUCACUACCUCCUCCACUGGCUUUCCCACCUGGAAGUGCUGCCAUGAGACGAUAUUUCUCCAGAUAUGGGGAAGGGAGUUUCAGUUCUUCUUCUGCUCACUGCGGGACCUUGGGAGGUGGAGACAGGAGAUUUGGAGGGUUUGGGCAAGGGUAUGGCAGCAGGAGCCUCCACAACCUUGGAGGGUUCAGGAAUGUCUAUACUGGUGGAGGCUACGGAGGAGAAGGAGUAGGAUAUGGGAGAUGCCUUGGGUUUGGUGGCUGGAGACAACCUGAGAGGGGCUUUGGUGGAAGAGGAUAUUUCGUGGGAGCUUUUCAAGGUGGUGAAACAGGGCUUGGUGGCACCUACAGAGGAGUUUCAGGCAGGGAGGUGCUCGGAGGAGGUCUUGGAGUAGGGGAACAAGGGGCUGGACAGGGAUUGGGACAGGCUGGAGUUCUCCGAGGCAUUGAGGAGGUCCAUGUCAACACCAACCUGCUGAGGCCAAUACAGCUCCAGGUGGACCCUGAGUUCCAGCGAGCGCGCUCGGAUGAGAAGGAGCAGAUCAAAGCUCUCAACAACAAAUUCGCAUCAUUCAUUGAGAAGGUUCAAUGUCUGGAGCGGCAGAAUCAGGCACUCUUGGCCAAGUGGGAACUUCUGCAGCAGCAAAGCUCUGGCCCUGAGGAGAGCAGGAACAUCAACAACUUCUUCCAGUCCUACAUCAGCAACCUGCAGCGGCAGCUUGAGACGCUCCAGAGCCAGAAGGAGCAGCUGGAUCCCGAAGCCUACAACAUGCUCCGGCUUGUUGAGGAUUAUAAAAACAGAUUUGAGGAGGAGAUCAACAAACGCACGUCCAAGGAGGAGGAGUUUGUGGAGCUUAAAAAGGAACUGGAUAGUGCAUACAUGGGAAAAAUGGAGUUUGAUGUCCGGGUGGAUAUCCUGAGGCAGGAGCUGGAGUUCCUCCGGUGUUUAUAUGAAGCCGAGCUGUCCCAGCUGCAAACAGUUGUUGGGAACACUGACAUCAUUGUGUCCAUGGACAACCACAGGGAGUUGAACAUGGAUGGAAUCAUUGAGGAGGUCAGGCAGGAAUAUGAGGGGAUGGCCCAGAAGAGCACAGCUGAAGUGGACGCCAUGUACCAGGGCAGGUACCAGGACCUGCAGAACAUGUGGGUGAAUCAACGAGAGCAGCUGAGGAACAGUCACCAGGAAAUUCAGGAACUCGCCAGGCAGAUCCAAAGACUCCAACCAGAAAUUGAAAUUGCAAGGAAAAGGAAUUCCAGCCUCCAAGACUCCAUUAAAGAUGCUGAGCACCGUGGGAGCUCGGCCAUCAGGGAUGGCCAGAAAAAGCUCCAGGAGCUGGAAAACGCCCUCCAACAGGCCAAGGAUGACCUUUCUCACCUUGUCCAUGAUUACCAGGAGCUCCUGAAUGUAAAGCUGGGCCUGGACAUCGAGAUCGCCAUGUAUCGAUCACUCCUUGAGGAGGAGGAGAACAGGAUCCAGGAAGGAUCACUGGCCACAAUCUGUGUCAUUGACCACAAUUCCAGAGCUCCUGGAGUCUUUGGAGGCAUAAAAAGUGUGAAGGGGAGAAUGAGCUCUGGUGGUACCAGCGGGAGCGGAGUGAAAGGGCCGAUCUCUGGAGGGGGAAAAGGUGGAUCCAGCUCUGGCAGUGGAGGCUCCAUGUCCAAGGGCAGCAGCAUCUCUGGAGGAUCCAGCUCUGGUGGAGGUGGUUCAAGUUAUGGAGGUGGAAAAGGUUCAGGAUAUGGAGGAGGAGGAAGCUCUGGAGGAGGUGGGUCCAUCUGUGGAGGAGGAUCCAGCUCUGGCAGUGGAGGUUCCAUGUCCAAGGGCAGCAGCAUCUCUGGAGGUGGAGGAUCCAGCUCUGGAGGAGGUGGGUCAAGUUAUGGAGGUGGAAAAGGUUCAGGAUAUGGAGGAGGAGGAAGCUCUGGAGGCAGUGGAGGCUCCAUCUGUGGAGGAGGAUCCAGCUGUGGCAGUGGAGGUUCCAUGUCCAAGGGCAGCAGCAUCUCUGGAGGUGGAGGAUCCAGCUCUGGAGGAGGUGGUUCAAGUUAUGGAGGUGGAAAAGGUUCAGGAUAUGGAGGAGGAGGAAGCUCUGGAGGCAGUGGAGGCUCCAUCUGUGGAGGAGGAUCCAGCUCUGGCAGUGGAGGUUCCAUGUCCAAGGGCAGCAGCAUCUCUGGAGGUGGAGGGAUGAGCUCUGCUGUGGCAGGAGAGGAUCCAUCUCUGGAGGUGGAGGACAGGGAAGCUCAGGCAGUGGUGGCUCCAUGUCUGGAGGUGGCCAGAGCUCCGGUGGUUAUGGAUCGAGCUCUGGGAGUGGCAGGUGCAGCCCCCACAGUGGUGGGAUGA